UCUCUUCACUACCAAAUUAUAAAACACAUAAGCACUAGCACUACCUACAAAAGUACAGUUCACCAUUACACUCCUCUCUUUCCCAACCAAAUGAAACCCAUGAAACCAAACCCUCCACUCCUUCCUUGAUGAUUCAUCUCCUCAAUAACCUCUAUUCUACUUAGUGAACCCACAAGCAAACUCAUCAAAAACAAACCAAACAAGAUGAGAACAGGAGGUUACACCACCCAUCAAACCCUAACCACUGAAGCUGCAACCUUUGUAAACCAAGCUCUAACCCUAGCCAGACGGCGAGGUCAUGCCCAAGUCACUCCUCUCCAUGUUGCUAGCACCAUGCUCUCUUCUUCCUCCACUGGUCUUCUUCGCACCGCUUGCCUUCAAUCCCAUUCCCACCCUCUCCAACUCAAAGCCCUCGAACUUUGCUUCAACGUCGCCCUCAAUCGCCUCCCCAUAUCCUCCUCAUCAACACCGCGGUCCUUCACUCUCUCCAAUGCCUUAGUCGCUGCCUUCAAGCGAGCACAGGCUCACCAACGCCGCGGUUCCAUUGAAAACCAACAACAACCCAUUUUAGCCUUGAAAGUGGAGUUGGAACAGCUUGUGAUCUCCAUUUUAGAUGACCCUAGUGUUAGUAGAGUCAUGAGAGAGGCUGGUUUCUCUAGCACCCAAGUGAAAGCCAAUGUCGAACAAGCCAUGUCACUGGAGGUUUGUUCUCAAAGCCCUAGCCCUCCUCCUGUGAGUUGUUGUCAGUCCAAAGAAAUCAUCACUAAACCAAAUGAUCAAGUUAGUACUAAUAGUGAAGAAGAUGUCAAGAGUGUUCUAGACUCAUUGGUGAGGAAAAAAAGGAGAAACAUUGUUGUUGUAGGGGAGUGUUUGGCUAGUGCAGAGAGGGUGGUUAAGGGAGUGAUAGAGAAAUUUGAUAGAGGAGAUGUCCAUGGGGACAUGAAGUAUGUCCAAUUCAUAAGCCUUCCUCUUUCUUCUUUGAAAAAUCUUCCGGUGGGCGAGGCGGAGAAGAGGUUUGGGGAGCUGAGGUGUUUGGUGAAAAGUUGUGUGGGUAGAGGGGUAGUUUUGUAUGUGGGUGAUCUUAAAUGGGCUUCUGAGUUUUGGUCAAGUUAUGGUGGGCAUAGUAGAAACUAUUGUUGUCCUGUGGAGCUCAUGGUCAUGGAGCUUAGUAGAUUGUUGGGUGGAAUUGGGGAGAGUGGGAAGCUGUGGCUAAUGGGAAUCGCAACUUUACAGACUUACAUGAGUUGCAAGACUGGCCAACCUUCUCUUGAGACACUUUGGCAACUUCAUCCUCUCACAAUUCCUGUUGGCAGCUUGGGACUCAGUCUCACCCUUGAGAGUGAUAUGCAAGGUCACGAGUUCCAAAGCAAGGUACCGAGAAAUGAGUGUAGCUGGUCACAAAUUAAAAUUGGAGUUGAAAAAAACCUCAAUUGCUGUAAAGAUUGCUUGGCCAACUUCAAUAGAGAAGCUGGAAGCAUAGGCAGCAAUAGCUUUUGCAAUGAAUCCACUACCACUUCCAGCAGCUCAUGCUUGCCUUCAUGGCUUCAACAGUACAAGGAAGAAAACCUAAGAAAAACUACCAAUGAUCAGGAAUUCAACAAACUUAAAGAUCUAUGCAAGAAAUGGAACUCAAUUUGCAGUUCAAUCCACAAGAAGCCCCACUUUUUUGAAAAUGCCCUUAAUUUUUCAUCUUCUUCAAUUUCAACCUCUUCAUAUGACCGGCACAAACCUAACUUGCAUCACACCCUUUCAAACUGGCCAGUGAUUUUCGAACCUAAACCAUCACCAAAAGAACACCAAUUUUUCACACCUGAAAAUGGCAUUGAAAGCUUCGAAUUUGGAUCCAGUUUGAGAAGAUACAUUCCAGAGAGAAACGAGCGAAAACCAGACCUUUUAUCAAACCCUAAUUCUAGUCCUAACUCAGCUUCUUCUAGUGAAGCAGAGGAAGACAUUGUUGAGUGCUUGGACAGGUUCAAAGAGCUUAAUUCUGAAAACUUAAAAGUUCUAUGCAACGCAUUGGAGAAAAAAGUCCCUUGGCAAAAAGACAUAAUUCCAGAUAUCGCGAGCACAAUCCUUCAAUGUCGGUCUGGAACUAUAACAAGAAAAUGCAAGUUGAAAUGCAGAGAAGACAAAGAAGAAACAUGGUUGUUCUUCCUUGGUGUCGAUUUUAAGGCCAAAGAGAAGAUUGCGAAGGAACUAGCAAAGCUUGUUUUCGGCUCUCAAAUAAACUUUGUCACAAUUGGACUAAGCAAUUUCUCAUCAACAAGAGGUGAUUCAAGUGAAGAGUUUAGCAACAAAAGAGGAAGGGAUGAGUCGGGUUCAACUUAUUUAGAGAGAUUCGCAGAGGCAGUUCAAGAAAACGCUAGUCGUGUGUUUUUCAUGGAAGAUGUCGAGCAGGUUGAUUACUGUUCUCAAAAGGGUAUUAAGAGAGCAAUUGAAAGCGGAAGAAUUGCACUUCCUGGUGGUGAAUUGGCUCCUCUUAAGGAUGCCAUUGUCAUUUUCAGCUGUGAAAGCUUUAGCUCAAUGUCAAGAGCUUGUUCUCCUCCUAUUAGGCCUAAUUCAAGCGAUCAGAGCAAAAACAAAAAUGAUCCUGAAGAAGAUGAUGAAUUGGAAGAGAGAAGACCACCUUGUGCUUCACUGGAUUUGAAUUCUGCCACUGAAGAUGAAGAAUAUUCAGUUGCUGAUAUCUUGGACUAUGUGGAUAGGCAAAUCAUUUUCAAAAUUCAAGUGCUGUGAAAUGAAGGACCUAACCAGAGUUGAGAAAUCUUUUGGGAUAGUAACUUUAAAUUUUCAUUUUCCUUUUUUUUUAAAAAAAAAAAAUUGGAGGGGGGAAAGGAAACAUCUAUUAGGCCAACAAUGAGAACUUCCAUAGAUGCCAUGUAGAACAUGUGUAAAUUAAUUUAUAUCUGAUGUUGUUUCUUGUAACA